AUGGAGCGUGACGCUAAACGAGCUCGAAGCGAAUGGCGAGGCUGCCAUACCUUUAACGACAUCAUCUGCGACGGCGACCAAAUCACGAGUCAAAAACGAAGUGGAGGACUGAAGAUGGGUCAGACAUAUUACUAUUAUUAUGAAUUGGAUGGUUCAACCGAGACAUAUGACCCUUCCAUGCCCACGACGAAUGCAUGCCCUUAUCUUCCUGGCCAAACUGUCAACACUCUAGACGUUCCCUCGGAGCGUCUAUCAAGAAUACGAAGUGCAUCAAUGAAUUCUCUUAGGAUUGCUGAUUUCAGGACGAUGGAGCCAAGGGACAAAUUCAUGACCCCUAGACCAGCUCCCCCAGUACCCAGCCUUCCGGACCUUCGUGUUGGAUCUUCACCUCAACCAGCAAUGUCACUUGUUCACAAACGAUCAGCCCGUUCUCUUUCGCCCGCACCUAGCUGGACUAGCGCCGCUCGACGGUUCUUGGGACGGAAGAAGGGUUGCAACCAGGAUAGCGAUGCUGGUAGUGAAACAGAGGUUGAGAGUCACUAUGGCGAAGAAAGCAGGCAAAGCAGGCGCUAUGACGAACCAAGAAGCACCACGCCAUCGGGGAGGAGUGUUCGAUCUCGUGAUAUGUCGCCGGAAUCUCUCCGAAGAUUCCUAUCUGACGAUCGACCUCAAUCCCCGGCUGUGGUGGAACACACGCCAAGGCUACUAAUCCCAGACGAGAUUAUCGAGGAGAACGAAGACGACGAUAACUUUGCGACGUCCGCAAUAUCCGAAAACGCACCAUUUACAGUACUUUCUCCCUCGCCAUUUCAACGAAGCGUAUCAUCGUCUUCGGUUAGCCCCGGCACUAAUGAGUCUACGACCAUUGUUGUUCCUUUGGAUACCAAGAAGGAUGACGAUGUCGCUCCAAAGCCCAUUGGUGCCUUACCUAGGAUGGAUACUAUCGGAUUAGAUGUUCCUCGGUCACAUUUCUCAUAUUCCACAACAUCAUCUAGUAUGGUUUCUCCAGUAUCGGCCCCGUCGCCCGAGCCUCGCGACCUCAAUCAGUACUCUUUCUUUGACGACUCGGAAAACGAUAGCGAGGAUGCCUUCCCUACAGAGGACGAGCCAUUCAUGAUUCAGGGAGCUCGCCGAAAUAGCGAGGGCACCUGUACGAUACCUAAGCAUCUCAACUCGCCAAUCACUGGAUACAGUCUACCUCAACCUGCGACGCAAAACGAAAAGCACUUGGACGCAAGCCGCAUACCCCCGGCAGCUCUAGGUUCACCAGACUUGGUCACUAGGCUAGAUAGCGGUGUAUCUCUGGGCAGUCCCGGUCUUCUUGGCCGCCCGGGGAUCGACGCUGGGCUAGACGAUCUAGUAGUCAGUGACAUGGGAUGGAUGGCCAACUUCAUCUAA